CGGCGGUAAGGAGGUAUUGGGAUGCUCCCAAGCCAUAAUCGGUGUCAACUCUUUCAAGCGUGGAGUUUUUCAAACCUUUCCUGAGUCAAAAGCUUCAUUAGCGAAUAUUGUGCAGUAGGGGAAAGUGUUUCUUGGGCGAAUGUUUCUUAUGAUACCUCUUUCCGGCGUUAACAACAAAUUCUGUUCGGGCCACUUAACCGUAUACCUGCCCUUUACCACCCGAAGCACCUCUGGCGAAGCGGGAGAAAAGCCAGGAGAUAGCUUCCGCUUGUCGAUAUGUUUAGGCACGAACUUGAGUCCCUGGGCUUGCCCCAAGGUACCAAGCUAGGAAUUCACGGCGGCACGUUUGGAUACCGGAUAUCCCCUAUUAUCUUGUCCUUCCUAAUACUAAUCACGCUCCCACGUUCAGUUUUGGGUGGGUUUCUAUCGCAACGACCCGAUUUGCUUGCUUCAGGGCCAGUUCUUCAGAACUUCGCGAAUAGCACGGCGCCACUACAGUGUCUCCAGGUUUCUCCGCCGAUUCUGUCACCAUCAAACCCGAGCUGUCAACAGACAUUAAUGGUGCACACCUUUGCCUGGUCAUACGGAAAGCCAUUUGUCGGAGACUACACCCCUCCAGACUGCGAUUUCAACCGCAUAACAAUCAACUUCACGGUCACGUCAUCUGGGCGGCAGUUUGAUAGGCUUGCCUUGAUGUUCCUAGACGAUACGGAAGUCUGGCGCACCUCGACAGCAGAACCGACCCAGAACGGUAUCGUCUGGACGUACACCAAGGAUAUGAGUGGUUAUCUUACUCUAUUUAAAGAUCCACAUAAGCUGAUUUUUGACCUGGGCAACCUUGUCGACGACACUUACACUGGAUCUUGGAAUACAACCAUGACGGCGACGUUUUUCACUGCAGAUGAUGUGGACCCAGCCGAUGUGAUCAUGCCUGUCUCUGCCCGGAAGUCUGCUGAAAACAGCCCGAGCGCCUUCGCACUCCCCGAAGCUAAGGCCCUCAACUCAUUGGUCCUGCCGCGCAACGCCCGGAAAGCCGUUUUCUCCAUCGCUGCCUGUGGUCAAGCGGCCGAAGAGUUUUGGUGGAGUAAUGUGUUAUGGUCGGACACGCAGACCUUCGGCAAUGACACCACGCUUUAUGGGCACUCCCCAUGGCGAGAAGUGGAGCUGUACAUUGACGGAACGCUUGCUGGUGUAUCAUGGCCCUUCCCAGUCAUCUUCACUGGAGGCAUUGUCCCAGGAUUUUGGCGGCCUGUUGUUGGAAUCGAUGCAUUCGAUUUACGUGAAGACGAAAUCGAUAUUUCUCCUUUUCUACCCAUAUUAUCGGAUGGCCAGGAGCAUACCUUUGAGAUCCGAGUUGCCGGAAUCGAUAACGACGGGAGCGGGCGCGGAUUCUUGACCAAUACCGUGGGCUCAAAUUGGGUGGUAACUGGAAAAUUGUUUCUGUGGCUGGAUAGCGAAGAUAGCAUCACGUCGGGAACGCGACCAACAAUCGAUUCACCCACUCCUUCACUAAAGCUUCACUCAUCCGUGAGCCGAGAUGCAAAUAGCACCGCGAAAUCAUUGGAGUAUUCUGUAUCUGUUUCUCGAUAUCUUGAGAUCAAGUCCACAAUCCGAACCUCUACUGGAUCGAGGUCCGUCUCUUGGUAUCAGAAUUUAACGUACUCCAAUGAUGGCCUGUUCACCAACAAAGGAAAUGACCAAAUAACGCACCAAUCCACAUCCGGUAUUGACAUUGCCUCUGAUAGCGGGUAUUCAAAACAGUAUGUUUAUCCGCUAUAUGUCUAUUCAACGUACAGUGAGCUGGCGGGUGGAAAUUUCACGAUUGACGGGAAGCUUUCCCGUGGCAAAGAUCUACAAAGAAUUGGUGGAUUGGCUUUCCCAUCUGAACUGGCAACGUUUGGUCGUCCAAUAGAUUCGAGAUUCGCAGGGACGUCAUCAAGUGAUCUCCAAAAUGGUACCGCAAGUUAUCUCGGCGUACCCGCAUUGAAGAAGUCAUUUGGAUCCGGGAAGACGGAACAGCGAUAUUGGUUGUACGGCGUGAGUGAUGUCGAUGAUAUAGAGCAGGGUAAGAGUGGCAUUGCAGAGCUGUACCGCCGCCACGUCUUGGCUGCGAAUGAUUCGCUGCUCUUGGAUGAGGAAACCAAUAGCGGAAGUGGGGAAACAAAGGUUCAGGGCACAAUGGCGCCUCGAAAUGGAGAUCGACCCAUAUUCGCAACUGACAGUAUUAGGUCGUUGCUUGGAAGGGGUCCAGCAUAGUGGGUAGUGUGGGAAACCAGAAUAACACAAUUGGGCCGGCGGCACCAUGGCCUUACUUUUGCCCUCAGAUCAGCACCGUGGGCAAAUCAAUACCGUUCCCUUUGCGAGUAUAUUCCACAUAUCCGUUCCCUUUACUCCGUGCGAAUGUGGACAUGUGUGUGGGUACGGCAUGAGCCCCCGAACCAACUACUUGAGCCACAUUGUCCUGUCCCUGGAGUUACCAUUAUGGAUGCCGUAUCUAUACUGAACAUGCAUGGUGGGCACUGAGUUUGGCCUUGUUCAACAGGGUAGAGAAGCCAGCUACGAAAUGCCGCUGUUGUCGGGUUACACGGCGUUGGUAGUCGUUAUGCCGGUAUUUAAAAGAAGUUUCAUGGUUUCAGGGCAAGCGAUAGUCUUCGUGCCGCCAGAUUGAGAAAGAGUGGCUUUGUAGGCACAGAUACAAGGAGUGCCGCUUUGAGUAGGAUCAUGCCUGUACUGACAUCGUCC